AUGCCCAAGAAAAAGACUGGGGCGAAGAAAAAGGCAGACAAACAAAAAGAGCGACAGAAGGACAUAAAAAAUGCUCAGUUUCAGAGAGAAUUGGCUGAUAGAUUUUGCAAUGCAAUGAUGGAAUGUGACCAGUGUAAACGAAAUCAGAAAAAUAGAGCAUUCUGUUAUUUUUGUGGAUCAUUACAGAGACUACCUGUCUGUGGGCAAUGUGGAAAACAAAAAUGUUUGCUGAAAUCAGGAGACUGUGUGGUAAAACACCCUGGUCAAUAUACAACAGGAAUGGGUAUGGUGGGAGCUGUGUGUGAUUUUUGUGAAGCAUGGGUGUGUCACGGGAGAAAAUGUCUGACUACCCAUGCCUGUACGUGUCCUCUGACUAAUGGAGAAUGUAUUGAGUGUAACCGAGGAGUCUGGGAACAUGGUGGAAGGAUAUUUCAGUGUUCGUUUUGUCGAGGAUUCCUGUGUGAAGAUGACCAGUUUGAACAUCAAGCCAGUUGCCAGGUUCUCGAAUCAGAGAAUUAUAAAUGUGUAGCAUGUAACAAAUUAGGUCAAUAUUCCUGUUUAAGAUGUAAGAUAUGUUUCUGUGAUACCCAUAUUAGAAGAAAGGGUGUGAAAUAUGAUAAGGGUGGGGUGGGGCUGCCAUGUCCGAAAUGUAACAGUGAAACUAGUGAGACCAAAGAUCUUAGUAUGUCUGUACGUAAAUAUAAAUAUGGCCGACAAGUUGCAGAAGAUGAUUAUGAUGAUGAUGACGAUGAUGAUUAUGAAGGAUACGGAGCCGGAGGUUUCACUGGAUUCUCUCCCUUUUCUUACGGUGCUUCUAAUAAUUAUGGUAUGGUUUGA